AUGUCAUCCGGAGUUGCUGGUUGUACUCAAAUCGCUUCAAAGAGUGUAGAGGGUCGCAUGGAGGCUCAAGUACAGCUCAUGAAGAGUCAAAUUGACUUCCUACAUGAUUCUUUGGCCGAGGUUAAGGAGGCAAACCGAGACUUGUCUCAAUUGCUUUCAAAUCAGCAAGAUAAAGCUAUGAAGCUAGUUUCAAAUAUCUUUUCGCAUUAUUGGUAUCGUAAUUUGGAUGAUUGGCGUGAUUUGAGAAGUGCUUUGCGAGAAAGAUAUGCUGGUACUAACACCUUUGAUGAAGCAAAAGUGAAGUUGCUCAAUUGUAAGCAGAAUGGUAGAUCCAUUCAAUCUUACUUUGAGGAAUUAGAAGGGUUGUUUCUGAGUUCAGAAGUGAAUGAGAACGACUACAUGUUGACAGACCGUUUCCACUAUGGCUUGGACAAGUGGUUCAAACAACACCCAAAGAUAAGGAGACAAUCAAGGCUCUAUGAGGCAUACUAUGCUGCCUUAGAAGUGGAAAGAGAGCUUGAUACUUCUUGUGGUUGGAAUGGUCCAAUUGAGGAUCAGGUGUUGGUGUUUGGCGCUGAAGAUGGAGAUCAACGGACUUGUAUCUUCCGUACUAAGUGUUCGGUUGGGUGGUCCAAUGAAGUUGAUUUGGUAAUCGACGGAGGGGAUGAUGAGAAUCAUGUAGCCUUCCAUGGAGGUUCUCCUAGUGAGGGGAAUGAGCUAGUCCUUCAUUCUAGUUUUGGAAUGCCAAGUUUACUUUGCAGGCCAAUCAAGGAAGAAAGGAUGGAUCUUGACUACCUAUGUGAUAGGGAGUUGGUUCAAAAGAGCUAUGAUCAAGGUGAUGAGAAUGUCAUUAACUUUGGGGUUCAAACCAAAGGAGAUGAAGACCUCAUAGAAAUAAGUGCUGAAGAGUAUCAAGAUAGUUUGACUCUGUGUGCUCCAUGA